AUGUCCGACGCCGGCAGGGAUACGCCGGACGCCAAAGACCUCGUGGACCGGCUGGAUGUUCUGUCGUUCUACUCCUCACAUUUCCACGCAAUUACUUUCCCGCUGCGCUGCGGUGGCGGAAAGCAGGCCGUCGCAUACAACUCCUCCAGCAGCAGCUGGAGAAACAACUUUGACCCCACCGCCCGUGGGCGGGACGCCGGGUGGCUCACCUUCUCCACGCAGCUGGAGGCGGGCACGGAGGAAGGGGCGCCCGCAGUGCCGCUUCCCCCUUGCAUAGCAGGCUGCAGCUGCAAGGCGCUGCAGCCGCCACGGUGCCUGUUCCCGGGCUUCGCUGCGACGCUUCACCGCUCGAACAGCGUUGACAGCUUUGGCCGCGUCAUUAGACGCCACUCCAUUUCCCCCUCGCAGCCGGGACUGCAGGUGAAGAUCUUAGAGGAUGACAAGGAGGAGCACCACCUUGAGCUCGCAACGCCGAUGCAGCACACGCCGCGGGGUAGUCUUAAACUUGCGCUCGUCUCCCGCAAUUGCAGGAACGGGGAGGACAACGAUGCCCUUGGUAGCUGGCAUGGAGCGGGGACGAACCCUGCCGUAGAAUCAUCUCGGCUCCACUCUGUCAGGUUCAUUUUGCCGUCAACCACCACACGCAGACGCAGCUUUCGCGACGCAGGGGAAACAUUGCCGAGUGACCCAUCGAUGAGUACAUUUAGGCAGCUGAGCGGCAAUGAGCGGGGGGAACAUGACAGGCUGCAUACUUCUCAUAUGGAUGCAGUUGAAGCACAAGCGAGGUCGGCAAGAGAGACGAAGAUUAAGCUCUCCCUGAUCCCUCUAGUGGAAAAGCGAAAGGGUGUAGCUGAUAAGAGAGGAGGGGCCGGAAGUCCCCUACCACGGCACGAGAAGCCUCACAACGACAAGUCCAUUGGAAAUGGUUCUAUGAAGGGAAAGGACAAACCUUCGCAAGGCCGUUUCUUUUCCCGACUUUUUUGUAUGUCAUAA